AUGGGAAGGAAGUUUAUUGUUGAUUAUGAUGAAUUUCUGAAAGAGGAUUUCGUUCAUUGUAUUGUAUGCAAAACCCGAAUUGGAUCAAUCCAUGAAUUCAUUAAGGAAAUAGAAAAUGGGAAUACAGUGGUCUUUAAUAAAGUGUUUAAUGUGCAAGUGGAUAAAGAGAAAUACCAUAAACAAGUAAAUGGAAAUUCUGUAGCUGAUACUUACUGCCUCAAUUGUGGAAUGUUGCUAGGGAUGAAACUCAUCCUAGUCCCUAAUAGCCAUCAGAAUGCGUCUAUUAUAGAAGGAAGAUUCUUGAUGAGCAACAACCAACUUGUUUUUUGGAAUAAUGUGCGGAUGUUUAUUACUGAUGAAGAUGAAGAAGAUGAUGCUAAUGAACAGGAUCAUGAUCACGAUGAUGAACAUGAUAGUGAUCAAGAUUGA